AUGUAAAAAUAAUGAUAACACACAGUAAUAGUAAUAAUAGUAAUAAUAAUAAUAUAGAUAGUAAUAAUAGUAAUAUUAUAGAUAACUCUACAUUAUUUUUUAAAAUAUGGAGAAACCGUUAUUUAUUUAAUUUAAUAAUAUAUUUUUUAAAAAAUUGUAAUCUUCAUUAUUAUAAUGUUUUAGUGAGAAGUUAUUUAAUAAAAGAUUCAUUUAUCAACGAGUUAAAAGAAGGUUAUAUUACAUCAUUAACCUUAUAUUCAAAUGCUUCAAAACAGAAAUUAUUAAAUAUAUUUCAAAUUUUACCAAAAACAAUUGAAUCAAUACAGUUUGGUGAUCACGCUUUUAAUGAAGAGUUUUUGGUUGGGGAAAUUCCGCAUUUUAUAGAAAGAAUUGUUUUUAAUUUAAAGUGGAAUCGAAAUAUAGAGUUAAAUGUAUUACCAAGUAGACUAAAAACAUUGGUAUUUAAUCAAGAGUAUAAUAGCCCAAUUUUACCUAAUGUUUUACCACCAUCAUUAACUCAUCUUGAAUUUGGAAAUGACUUUAAUCAUCCCUUGGGUCCAGGUGUUUUAAAUCAAGGUUUAAAGGUUUUGAAAUUUUCACAUAUAUCAGAGUUUAAUCAAAAAUUACAAGAGAAUAGUCUACCAAGUUCACUUGAAACCAUUAGAUUUGGUAAAUUCUACAAUAAAGGUAUCAAAUUGAAUGUAUUACCACCAACAUUAACCCAUCUAGAGUUUCUAGUAAUCGAUAUUGUAUUGCCAUCAUCAUUUCCUGCCAAUAAUAUCACAUAUUUAAAAUUUGGUAAUUUUUUUAAUUUCCCCAUCAAGAAUGAGUUUAUCAAUUUAAAGAAGUUAAAAAGAAUUCAAUUUGGUGAUUCUUUCGACCAACCAUUAGGGCCCAUUAAAUUCCCAGAGAGUAUUACAUGUAUAGAGUUUGGGGAGUAUUUUAAUCGUCUAUUCUCAAGAUCACAGCUACCAAAGAAUUUAAAGCACUUGGUACUUGGCGAUAGAUAUACAAGAUACUUCGAUUCUAUAACAUUCCCGACUAACUUGGUUUCGCUUAGGCUUAAUAAACAUUACUGGAGAGAUGUAACAAGAGAAAUGUUCCCAACGACUUUGAAAUUAUUAGAAUUAGGUUUGGAUUUCAAGCUAAAGGGUGAAGACUUUUUACCACCAUAUUUGGACAAGUUAAUCAUUAGAGGUCAUAUUCAAAGGAAAUCUGAAAUACCAGUAUUACCGUCUACCCUCACUACCCUAUUCAUCCACACUACCAACAAAUAUCUUUUAGAUCACCAAAAUAAAGAGGAAAGUUUAGAAUCAUUAAAACCAAUAAUCAAAUUCUUUUCAAAUAGUUCAUUCAUCAGUGGUGAAGAUUUAAAUACUUGCGAUUACUUAUUCAAAAAAUUAAUGAAAAGAAUGAUCAAAUUAGAUUGUUAAUUAAAUUAUGUAAUAUAAAUAAAUAAUAACCAAAUAAUUGUAGUAUUAAAUAAAAAAUAAAUAAAAAAAUAAAACCCAAUAUUCAUUUUAUAUUAUUUUAAUAUAUAUUAUACAUAACACAGAUAUUAUAUAUUAAAUUUAUAUUUAGAUACUAAU